GCAUGUCAUUACAUAAUUCAAUUGAUUUAUUUUCUCAAAUUAUUUUAGUCUCCGGUAUUAGGUAUUAGUGUCAUGUCUGGUGUCUGUGUUAGUGUUGUGUUAUUACUCCGUAGGUAGAUAUUAUAGGUUAUGGCAGCCUGCAUCUUCAUGUUUAGGCGAGGAAUUGUUGGCUUUCUGCUUUUUCUUUUUUCUUUUUCCUUUGUUUUUGUAUCAGAAUCUUAUGCUUUUCUUUUUAGUGCUUCUAUUGUAUUCCUUGCGCAUUGAUGCACUAUCUUUUUAUAAAAUUUUGCUAAUUUUUUCUAUAAAAAAACAUGUGUAAGGUGUGCAAUUGCACUUGGCACUCAAAAUAUCUAGGACAUUGCAUUGUUAUUACCAAUAUGAUGCUUCCUAUUUCUAGGAUUUUAGCUGAUCCAGGAUACCUUUGUUCACACUUCAGUCUUUGGACCCUCUCAUGUUGUAUCAUCAUGAGCUAGUGAAGCUGUUGAAUUAUGUGAAUUUCAAGUUCAGUAGGCAGGCCAGAUCUACAGUUAUUGUGCAUGGCUUCAUAAAAGCAAGCAUAAUUUUAUCAAACCAACCACAGUUCACGCCAAUAUAAAAUCUCAUCUUUCCACGAACAUGAAAAAUACCCACCAACCGCGCUUCUUCUAAACUGGAGACCUCUUCUUCGAUCGCUUGAGAAUCAGAUGAUAGAUUGUCAGGCUGUUCUGUAUAUGCAUUUUCAAACUAUUUAUGACUUGAUCCAGAAAAUCACCUCCUUCAAUAUUUAGAGCAUCCGCACAACCAUACUUAAUAACACAACAAUAUACCCCUUUGAGAUUUGAUUUUCUGAUGACAAUCCUCUCAUGAGGAGCAACCUUGGGGAUGAGCUAAUAUCGAAGAGUUGUGAAUAUUGUGACCUUAUGAAGGGAUUUCAUGUUUUCUAUGUAGUGUCCAAGUAUAGGAGUCAGCCCAUCCUGAAUGUUUGUAUAAAAAAAGCAUAGCCCGGGAACCCUUUGAACAAUGCAAUCUGCCAAAAGCUCUUUAAGUCUCUCAAAGGUUAUCUUGUGGGUUAACUCAUAAUCUAUCUUUCUUUGUCUACCAUAAAACCAGUCGAACAUGAUGAAGGCAAGGAUAUAUGAUAUGGCAAAAGGAAUCCAUCCACGUUCGGCAAAUUUAGUGAAAACUGCACUGACAUAAACCCCUUCCAUAACACAAACCACGCAGAAGUACUGGGAAACCAAUAUGACAGGAGUUCUCCAUAUCAUGAUCAUGACCAAUGUAAGUAAUAUAGUGGUGGUAAGCAUCACUAGGCUCACAACAACACCUGCAAUAAACGUUAUACCAACAUGAGAAGUUUGCAAAGACUACCGCUAAAUACUAAAUAGUUUCAGUCACCAUACGGCCAAAAGAGUAACCAACCAUCAUAAUUGAUGCGGAUUUUGAGAUUGAGAGUAACCAACCAUACGGUGUUGGUGUCAUGUCUGUUGUCCAUGUGUGUCUGUGUUAGUGUUGUGUUAUUACUCCGUAGGUAGGUAUAGGUUAUGGCAGCCCUCAACAUGUGUACGGUGUGCGAUCGCACAGGGCACUCAAAAUAUCAGAGACAUUGCAUUUUUUUCAUAUUAAUGAAUUUCAAUUGCAUUGUAGGUGGGACAUUUGCCUUGUAUUCAUUACUAUGUAGGCAUUUCAAUAUUGGGAUAUUGCCUUCUAAACAAGUUGGGAUGAACUCAACUAGGGUUACUGAAACAAAUACUUGGCUUGCUAAAUUGUUUGAAACUAGCAUCGUUGCGAGAAGGCUCUUGCUUUUCAUUGCUAUGUUGGGUACUUGUAUGCUUAUUGGUGAUGGUAUACUCACACCUGCAAUUUCAGUCUUGUCUGCAAUGGAUGGAGUUAGAGCACCGUUUCCUUCUGUUACCAAAUCACUGGUGGAAGCACUCUCUGCAGUUGUAUUGAUCUUUCUAUUCUUGUUGCAAAAAUAUGGCACAUCCCGCGUCAGUUUCCUCUUUUCCCCAAUAAUGGGUGCAUGGACCCUCUGUACUCCACUUGUGGGAAUUUACAGCAUCAUACACAACUAUCCAACUAUAUUCAAAGCUUUAUCUCCGCACUACAUUUUCCAAUUCUUUUCGCGGAAUGGAAAAUCUGGGUGGCUUUUACUUGGUGGUACUGUCCUUUGCAUUACCGGUUCCGAGGCAAUGUUUGCUGAUCUUGGUCAUUUCAAUCCACGAUCCAUUCAGAUAGCUUUUAUAUUCACAAUCUACCCAUCUUUAGUUCUGACUUACGCGGGGCAGACAGCAUACCUGAUCAAGAAUCCCCAUGAUCAUAAUGACGGCUUUUACAAAUUUAUACCAACUCAAGUCUACUGGCCUAUCUUUAUCAUUUCAACAUUAGCUGCAGUUGUUGCUAGCCAGUCAUUAAUAUCAGCCACCUUUUCUGUAAUCAAGCAAUCUGUAGUGCUGGAUUAUUUUCCACGAGUAAAGAUUGUACACACUUCUCAUAAUAAAGAAGGAGAGGUUUACUCCCCUGAAGUGAACUAUAUCCUUAUGGUCCUUUGCGUUGCUGUCAUACUUAUUUUUGGAGACGGAAAAGAUAUUGGAAAUGCUUUUGGUGUUGUUGUGAGCCUAGUGAUGCUUAUUACCACUAUAUUACUUACAUUAGUCAUGAUCAUGAUAUGGAGAACUCCCGCCAUACUGGUUUCCCUGUACUUUUGCGUGUUUUUUGUUAUGGAAGGGGUUUAUGUCAGUGCAGUUUUCACUAAAUUUGCCGAAGGUGGAUGGAUUCCUUUUGCCAUAUCAUUUAUCCUUGCUUUCAUCAUGUUUGGUUGGUUUUAUGGUAGACAAAGAAAGAUAGAUUAUGAGUUAACCCACAAGAUAACCUUUGAGAGACUUGAAGAGCUUUUGGCAGAUAGCGUAGUUCAAAGGGUUCCCGGGCUAUGCUUUUUUUAUACUAACAUUCAAGAUGGGCUAACUCCUAUUCUUGGACACUACAUAAAAAACAUGAAAUCCCUUCAUAAGGUCACAGUAUUCACGACUCUUCGAUAUUUGCUCGUCCCCAAGGUUGCUCCACAUGAGAGGAUUGUCAUCAGGAAACCAAAUCUCAAAGGGGUAUAUUGUUGUGUUAUUCAGUAUGGUUAUGCAGAUACUCUAAAUAUUGAAGGAGAUGAUUUUCUGGAUCAAGUCAUAAAAAGUUUGAAAAUGCACAUACAGAACUGCCCUGACAAUCUUUCAUCUGAUUCUCAAUCGAUUGAAGAAGAGGUCGCCAGUUUAGAAGAAGCGCGAUUGGCGGGUGUUGUUCAUGUUCGGGGAAAGACGAGAUUUUAUAUUGGCCUGAACUGUGGCUGGUUUGAUAAAAUUAUGCUUGGUUUUUAUGAAAUCAUGCACAGUAACUGUAGAUCUGGCCUGCCUACUGUAGGGGUUUCGUUACAGCAACGGAUUGAAGUUGGGAUGCUUUACGAAGCUUGAAGGGUUAACUAUAUUCAAGAACUUGAAAUUCAUAUAAUUCAGCAGCUUCACUAGCUCAUGAUGAUACAACAUGAGAGGGUCCAAAUACUGAAGUGUGAACAAAAGAGCUUGAGCAAUAUAGGUAUCCAGUAUCUGCUAAAAUCCUAGAAAUAGGAACCAUCAUAUUGGUUAAAUCAUGUAUUACUGCUGAAGUGGUCAUAUAUAAUUUUAACAUUAAAAAAUGGCAGCAUUACUAUUUUUUUUGGAUUACUGCAGCA